AUGUAUUCCAUCUACUAUCUAUCUCUAUCUAUCAUCUAUCAUCCAUCCAUCUAUCUAUACAUCUAUGUAUUCCAUCUAUCUAUCUAUCUAUCUAUCUAUCUAUCUAUCUAUCUAUCUAUCUAUAUUCUGUAUGUAUGUGAUUCCAUCUAUAUCUAUCUAUCUAUCUAUCUAUCUAUCUAUACACGUAUGUAUUCCAACUAUCUAUCUAUCUAUACACGUAUGUAUGUCUAUCUAUCUAUCUAUCUAUCUAUACACAUGUAUGUGUAUGUGAUUCCAUCAUCUAUCUAUCUAUCUAUCUCUAUCUAUCUAUCUAUCUAUCUAUAUCUACACGUAUCUAUAUCUGUAUCCAUCUAUCUGUCUAUCUGUCUAUCUAUCUAUCCAUGUAAAGGACUAUCUAUCUAUCUAUCUAUCUAUACACGUAUAUAUGUGAUUCCAUCUACUAUCUCUAUCUAUCUAUACUAUCUAUCUUUCUAUCCAUCUAUCCAUCUAUCUAUCUAUCCAUCUAUAUAUGAUCUAUCUAUCUAUCUAUCUAUGUAUGUGAUUCCAUCUAUUCCAUCUAUCCAUCUAUCUAUCCUCUAUCUAUAUAUCUAUCUAUCUAUAUCUAUCUAUCCUAUCUCCAUCUACAUCUAUGUAUCUAUCUAUCUAUCUAUCUACAUACAUCUGUGA